AACGACGACAAUUCCCUUGUACCAAUAAAGUCACUGUGUCUCUCAGGUCAAGCGUCACAGUCACUCUGUCCACCUCCUCCUCCAUGAAGAUUGAAGACGACCCUGCGGUUUCUCUCUUCUCUUCUCCCCCAAAAUUCAAGUUUUGAAACAACAAAAUCUCUCAUUUUUGCCACCGAAAUUUUUUGCUCCAAAGUCCCUACAUUUUCAACCUUCAUAGGCUCCCUGUAAACCCUACUCAAUGGCAAAAACUAGACCAGGCAAAAAGGACUUGGACUCCUACACCAUCAGAGGCACCAACAAGAUUGUCAGAGCUGGGGAUUGUGUGCUGAUGCGACCAUCGGACACGGGUAAGCCCCCAUACGUGGCCCGCAUAGAGAAGAUCGAGACGGACGGUAGGAACAACGUGAAGGUGAGGGUGAGGUGGUAUUAUCGGCCCGAGGAGUCGAUCGGUGGGCGGAGACAGUUCCACGGGGCCAAGGAGUUGUUCUUGUCCGACCACUACGACGUGCAGAGCGCUCACACGAUUGAAGGGAAGUGCACGGUUCACUCUUUCAAGAACUAUACCAAGCUCGAGAAUGUUGGGGCUGAGGAUUACUAUUGCAGAUUUGAGUACAAGGCUGCUACUGGGGGAUUCACGCCCGACCGAGUGGCUGUGUACUGCAAAUGUGAGAUGCCUUACAACCCGGACGACCUCAUGGUGCAGUGUGAGGGGUGCAAGGACUGGUAUCAUCCUGCUUGUGUGGGCAUGACUAUCGAAGAAGCUAAAAAACUGGAUCGUUUUAUGUGUUCUGAAUGUUCAUCGGAUGAUGAUGUUAAAAAACCCCAGACUGUAUUUUCAGAGUCACCAGGAGCUGAUGCCAAGGUGGAGCCCAAGCGCCGGAAGAGAUGACCACAAUUAGGGGUUUGCUGGAGGAGACAACUCUUGCUGCAAAAUGAGGACACAACUAUUUUGUGAGGAGAUAGCCCUUUGAUUGUUAUUGUGUGGAAUGUACAGCUUAGACUGGUGACCAUUAGUAGCUUAUGUGUUUGACUAAGAUAUAUGUAUCUCUGCUAGAUUAGCAUAUUAAACCUUCUUUCUGUCCAAAAAGAGAUUUCAGUUCAGUUCCAGUGUGGAGUUCUAAGAUCACAUUGGUCACCAGAGACCUUUUAAGUAAAACGAAACUGGAUUCUGAAUUUCU